AACACCACACCACACUUUACAUUUGCAUUUACUAAAAGAAGAAGCCACCACCACAACCCAUCUUCAGCACCAUGAAGAACCUCUCUCCUCCCCGUUACGCUCUUCUUUUCACUGCACUGCUCGCUCAAUUACCCCUGUUUCAGUCAAGCUAUCACGAGUACCAAGAUGCAUUAUCAAAGUCCAUUCUUUUCUUCGAGGGUCAAAGGUCAGGCUAUUUGCCACAAGACCAACGCGUAACUUGGCGUGCUAAUUCAGGCCUAAGUGAUGGGUGGACAUAUAAUACAGACCUGACUGGUGGCUACUAUGAUGCCGGUGAUAAUGUCAAGUUUGGCUUCCCCAUGGCAUUUACAACUACAAUGUUGGCGUGGAGUGUGAAUGAAUUUGGAGACUUAAUGCCUCCGAAUGAGUUGAGAAAUAGCUUAGUUGCCAUUCGUUGGGCCACCGAUUAUCUGCUCAAGACUGUUUCUCAGCCUAACCGGAUUUUUGUUCAGGUGGGGGAUCCAAACGGAGACCAUAUUUGCUGGGAAAGACCAGAGGACAUGGAUACUUCUAGGAUUGUUUAUGCUGUGGAUGCGCCAAACCCGGCAUCUGAUGUUGCCGGUGAGACUGCGGCAGCCUUGGCAGCUUCAUCUAUGGCAUUUCGAUCGUCGGACCCGGGAUAUGCAGAAACAUUACUAAGAAACGCCAUUAAUGCCUUCCAAUUUGCUGAUAGUUACAGAGGAGCUUAUAGUGACAACUCCAAUAUUAAAGAUGGUGCAUGCCCAUUCUAUUGCGAUUUUGAUGGUUAUCAAGAUGAGUUGCUAUGGGGAGCAGCAUGGCUUAGGAGGGCAUCUUACGAUGACACUUACCUUAGUUUCUUACAGAACAAUGCGGAGACCCUGGGAGCUGAUGAAAAUAUUAAUGAAUUUGGGUGGGACAACAAGCAUGCUGGCCUUAAUGUUCUUGUCUCAAAGGAAGUUCUAGAAGGAAACAUGUACUCUCUCCAGUCAUACAAAGAAUCAGCUGAUAGCUUCAUGUGCACCCUCAUACCUGAAUCAUCAUCCUCUCACGUGGAAUACACUCCCGGUGGCCUAAUCUACAAGCCAGGAGGCAGCAACCUGCAGCAUGCAACAACGAUCUCAUUUUUGCUACUUGCUUAUGCAAAUUACCUAGAAAGAACAUCGCAAUCUGUCAAUUGUGGAAAUGUAAAUGUCGGUCCAUAUUCACUUCGGCAACAGGCUAAGAGGCAAGUUGAUUACAUUUUAGGAGAUAACCCUUUGGGAUUGUCUUAUAUGGUCGGAUAUAGCGACCAUUAUCCUCAACGGAUUCAUCACCGUGGAUCAUCGUUGCCGUCGGUUAAGGAUCAUCCUGAUGUUAUAGCUUGCAAAGAAGGUUCAAUCUACUGCAAUUCAUCAAACCCUAACCCUAACGUUCAUGUUGGGGCUAUUGUGGGUGGACCUAGCGAAGAUGAUUCAUACGAAGAUAGUCGAGAUGAUUUUAGAAAAUCCGAGCCAACAACGUAUAUUAAUGCACCAUUUGUUGGUGUGCUUGCUUAUUUUGCAGCAAAUCCCAGUUUUAGUUGAGACAAACAGAGCUCAAUUCUGUACAUAAACCAGUGUUUAUUGGCAUUUAAAAGUCGGAGGAAUGUCUCUCAUCCUGGCGAAAGCAAAGAGGUUGGAGGCUUGGUAGCUGCUGAAUUGUUAGCACUGGAUCGCGAAGAAUCGUCGUGACUUCUUACAAAGGAUAAGGACCUGAUUUUGAGAUGUAAAAUCCCAUUCUGGCUUUAAUUAAUCUGAUACAAGGAAAUGAAAUCUUCCAUUUUCUUGAUAUUUCAUUUUCAAUUUAGUUGUAAGAACAGAGCAUUCGCUGGCCGGCUGUCAAUCAACUGAAAGACAUGUGAUGUGUUUCGUGACUUUA